AGAAUGUAGCGCCGAAGCCUCUCCGCAAGGGAAUCCAUCGCUGCUGGGCCUCCCGUCCAGGGGCAACUUCACCUCCGUCGUGCCAUCGUCAAGCCUGGGUGGCCUUCGUGUCUAUGUCUGCGAUAGUGAUCCUCGACCAGGCGUCCAGGUUGUCAAGACGGACUCGACCAACAUUCUCAUCCGCUCUUUGAUGCUCAAGAAGCCCAAGGAGCAGGAGGCGCAGGACAAGGCCAAGCAAGCCGACGCCCCCAAGAAGAAAAGGGCUGCUGCUGACAAGCCCGAGAGUAGCAAGUCGAGCAAGAAGAAGAAGGUGGAUACAGCAUCCGGCAGCGCUUCCUACGAAGGCUACACUGUGGAGAUGCUCAGGACCGCUUUGAAAGAGAAAGGACUGCCAGUCAAGGGAAGGAAGAGUGAUCUGAUUACGCGGCUCAAGAAAGCUUCGUCAGGAUAGCAGCAAAACGAGUACUUAUCAUAGCACACAAAGCUCUAGUUGAUUUUGUUGCAUGUAAAGGUUGAUGAGAUCCUCUACAGGCAGGCCUAAGAAAAUUACGAUGCUUACUUAAUGCCCUCCAGCACGCUCUCGUGUAAUCGUAUUAUUUCGGGGUUUGCCAGAAACGGGCAUCUGGAAAAUGCCAAGAGCCUCUUUGAUGCAAUGUUCGAUCGGGACGUGGUAUCUUGGAACUCGAUUCUGGGAGCUUACUCCCGACACGGUGCAACAUCUGAGGCUCGCGAGGUUUUCGGCAAGAUGCCUGCCACGGAUGGUUUCUCUUGGAGCUCGAUGCUCUCGGCAUUCGCCCAUACAGCUAGCAGGGACGAGGUGGGGGAGCUGUUCGACAAGCUCCCUGUCCGGGAGCUAAUCUCCUGGACGAGCAUGCUGCACUCCUGUGCCCGCGACGGUAGGCUGGAGGAGAUGCAAGCGGUGUUCUGGAGGUUUCCGUGCUGGGACGUGAUCUGCUGGAACGAAGUAAUCACCGCGUGUGCCCGUGAAGGGCACCUUUCUGAUGCUUUGGUCGCCUUCAACCAGAUGCCCGGGAGGAGCAGCGUGACGUGGAAUUUGCUGCUGCAAGCGUUUUGCCGUGCCUCGCAGCCGGACGUAGCGGCAGUGGCCUUCCACCGGAUGCCGCAGUGGAGCUUGGCGGCUUGGAACUCGGUGAUCCAAGGCGUCGGGUGCGAGUCACCGGCAACCAUGUUUGGGAGGAUGCCGCAGCGGGACAAGUACUCGUGGUAUGCGCUCAUCUGUGCCUGCUCCCGACGCUCAAGUCCCGACGACGCGUUGGAUGCGCUGCGGAGGAUGCCAUGGUGGGACGUGGCGGCAUGGAACAUGGUGAUGGCGGCUCUCACCAGCGGCCGCCGCGUGCGAGAGGCGACCGAGAUGUUCCACCACGGCAUUCCCGCCCGGGACGUGGUGACGUGGAACAUCAUGGUGAGAGCGCUGGCGUUGGAGGGCGCAGUGGCGGCGUUUGAGCGGAUGCCGCAGCACGACAUUGUGAGCUGGAACUCAAUGGUGCACGCGUAUGGGUUGGCCGGGGAGACCGGCAGUGCUGCACGGUUGCUCCAGCAGCUGGUUUGCUUCAGCCUUGCCGCCACAAACUCCGUCAUCGGUGCCUAUGGUCUGAAGGGACAAGUAGAAGAGGCGAGGCGGGUGUUUGACGCGAUGCUCCACAGGAACACCGUAUCUUGGAACUCCAUGGUUGCGGGCUACGUUCGUGCGGGACGGGUGGCAGAGGCCAAGCUGCUGUUCGAUGCGAUGCCGGACACAGCCAAGCGCGACGUCGUGUCCUGGAACACGAUGCUGCCAGCAUUCACCGUGACUGAGGAUGCUGCUGUGCUUGAGCUCGUCGAGGAGUGCUUCCGAAGGAUGCCAUUCACGUCACAGGCGUCGUGGAAUGCGAUGCUGCAUGCAUAUGCCUGUGGAGGUGUUACGCAGAGAGCCGAGCAGCUCUUUGAGCGCAUGCCCGAGAAGGACUCGGCGUCGUGGAGCGCGCUGGCAUCGGCCCGCCUGCUCAGUGGCAAGUGCCAGAGUGCCGCGAGCGUCGUCGGACUCAUGGACCUGGAUGGGUGCAAGCCGGACGCAGUGAGCUACAUCUCUGCGCUUGAGGCAUGCGGCAUGGCUUCGGAUCUAGCACAGGGGAGGAUUCUCCACGCCGAGAUUGUGGCUGCUGACGACCCGGCGCUGCAAGAUGGUGGAAAGGUGGCGACCGCACUGGUGAGCAUGUACAGCAGGUGUGCAGCGCUCGGGGAGGCGGUGGCUGCCUUCGACGGUAUGAGCAGCAAGAACCUUGUUUCGUGGACUGCGAUGGUGGCGGCUCUCGCGCAGAACGGAUUCAGCAGCCUGGCUCGGCUCGCGUUCUGGAGAAUGGAGCUCAACGGGUUCACGCCAGAUUCCAUCAGUUUCAUCAGCAUUCUGUCGGCUUGCAACCAUGCCGGGAGCGUGGAGCUCGGGUGGAGCCAUUUUGUGUCCAUGGUUGGCGACUAUGGGAUCCAGCCGGGGUUGGAUCACUAUGCAUGCGUUGUGGAUCUCCUGGGCCGAGCCGGCAACUUGGAAGACGCUCACGAGUUGAUGGACGCCAUGCCUUUCAUUCCCGGCCCCGAUUCUCGGACCAGCUUGCUGAGCGCAUGCCGGGGCCUCCCGGUGUCCAAAGUCCCAGAGUUCGUUCCACACGAGCAGGAGCUAGACGGAGGAGAAGAUGUCUUGUUCGUGGGAAUCCUUGCGGCGGCUGGUUAACAACAUCGAAUUACUCAAAUCCUUGUUAAAAAGAGAGGGCAGGGCAAUGGAUGAGUGAGCUGGAGCGCUAUGGC